UUGACAUUAAAGGAAAUUCGAAAAAGAAGAACUAUAAACAAUUUUCUAGAUUUUCUGUUUUUGAUUUUGAACAACUUGAAUACUUGAAUUAUCAUUCAGUUUUUUAGCAUUAUUUAAAAAAUAUAUUAUAUUUUGAAGGUUAUGCGUCCAUGCAAUAAGCUUUCCAAGCUAUUCUAGUUCCAGACGUAUACUAUUUGAACAAAAUGAAUAAAUUAUUGGAAAAUUUCCAUAAAAUUCCAGUUAUCCCAACUGGCCAAGUUAAUGGGGUCGUGGGGAUUUCAACUGAAGAUGAUUAUUCUUCUACAGAUGAGAGUGAAGAGGAAGAAGGAGAGGAAUAUGAACAAGAAUAUGUAGCCGAGGAAAAAAAGAAAUAUGCAUCUUUUAAGGUUGAUCAGGAACCAAGCACUAUGUCAGAAGUGGAAGGGGUUGAUGGCAUUACUUUCAAGAACAAUCCAUUACAUGUAUAUUCGCAGUACAGCUUCAACACUACAUCUCGGAAAAAGGAGCUACCAAUUGAUGAUUUUAAAGACAAGAUUCUGUACCAUAUUGGUACAUAUAACGUUGUUAUCAUUCAUGGACCUACAGGAUGUGGCAAAACAACCCAAGUACCUCAGUUCAUAUUAGAUUAUUGCCGUGAUGAGGGAAAAUACUGUAAUAUUGCUGUAACACAGCCCAGAAAAAUAGCUACAAUCAAUAUUGCCAAAAGAGUGUGCGAAGAAAGAGGUUGGGCAAUGGGCACAGUUUGUGGGUAUCAGGUGGGAUUAGAGAAAAAACUUUCACCUGAUUCGAUUUUAACUUAUAUGACCACUGGAGUCCUACUUCAAAAAAUAAUUCACUUGAAAAGAUUAACCGAGUACACUCAUAUCAUUAUAGAUGAGAUUCACGAAAGAACUCAAGAGUUAGAUUUCUUGUUACUGUUAAUAAGAAAGUUUUUGUAUGCACAGAAUUCUACAACUAAGAUUAUUUUGAUGUCCGCUACCAUUAAAGCUGAAGAAUUUGCAAAUUAUUUCCAAUGUAAAAACGAUGUUUCGUUCUUAGCUCCUAUUAUACAGGUAGACAAGGACAGUAACUUCACCAAAACACUUUACUACUUAGAAGAUCUUAAAUCUGUCUUCGAUACCACAAAAGCUGCGUUUCCAACUUUCGAUAUAGAUAAACCAGAAAUUUCAGAAGGUCUCUGGAAAGUUUUUACUUGCUUAGUAUCAUUGAUCGAUCGAUUUGAUUUUAAAGAUAAAUAUACCAACGAGCUUAUAAUCGGAAGUAUUUUGGUAUUUUUGCCCGGUAUUUACGAGAUCGAGGAGGCGCAUAAAUAUCUUCGUGAACAUUCUGAAACUUAUGCCCAGAGGCAGAAUCCCAAUCGUAUAAAAUGGGAUAUAAUACCUCUACAUUCAUCCCUACCCAAUGACGAACUUGCCAAAGCUUUCUUACCCACGAAAAAAGGAUUCAGGAAAGUAAUUUUAUCGACCAAUAUUGCGGAGAGUUCCAUCACAGUUCCAGAUUCUUAUUAUGUGAUUGACUUUUGCAUGACCAAAAGUAUGACGAUCGACCCUAUUACGAAAUAUAUGAGUUUAAGACUAGAAUGGGGAUCGCAAGUCAAUUGUGAACAGAGAGCAGGACGAGUUGGACGUAUUGGUGAUGGAAGAGUAUAUCGUUUAGUACCUCGUGAUUUUUAUGAGCAAAAUAUGGCGGCCUCCAGCAUACCAGAUAUAUUAAGGGCUCCGUUAGAACGAGUAGUUUUACAAGCAAAAAUGUUGGAAUUAAAUGAUACUCCACAACAAAUCUUGUCAUUAGCUAUGAACCCACCCAAUCUGAAGAAUAUUAGAAUGACAAUUCUCAGCCUUAAAGAGGCAGGUGCUUUGUUACAAACUUGCCGAAAUGAAUACAAAAUAGCUGAUGGUGACCUUACAUUCUUAGGACACGUUAUGGCAUCUUUGCCAGUGGAUAUAAAUCUAUCCAAACUAAUAGUGUUCGGACAUCUAUUCAACUGUUUACAGGAAGCUAUUAUAAUGGCUACUGGUUGCUCGAUACAAAACAUCUUUUCCAUACCCUUUCAAAAAAGAUUUGCUGCUUACCAGAAACUGUUCCUUUGGGCUGAUGAUUCCUUUAGUGAUCUAAUUGCUUUGCUUAAUUUGUAUCAGGUAUGGCAAACGUGCAAAGCAGAUGGAAGUUUUGAUGUACAUGGUGAACGACAAUGGUGUUCGAAAAACCUUGUUAGUUUAAAAGGUUUAAGAGAAUGGCAACAAAUGGUAAAGGAAAUAAAUCAGCGCUUGGAAUUUUUGAAUAUAAAACAGAUCCAUGGACAGACGGAAUUACAAAUCGACGAAAAGCCUCUUGUAUUGAAGAUGAUCAUCGCUGGAGCAUUUUAUCCCAACUUUUUUAUAAGAGAACAAAACGCAAAUGAAGUCGACGACAAGCAACUCGUUAGAGCUGUUGGAGGUCGAGAUCCAUAUCGUUCAGUGUAUCUUACGGGAAUGGAUUCUCAACAGCCCGGUCCUGUUUACAUUAGAGCUAUUAAGAGUCUCUUCAAAAAUGAAAACGAUAGAAAUACUAAUAUAUCAAUAGGUUUUGACUCUAGUAAUAAAAUCUACGUUGAAUUCAAAGUUUUAAGCCAAUACCAAAAUAGAAUGGCUAUUUCAAUCAAUGGUAGACAGAUGGUGGCCGACACCAUUCUUGGAAAGAUUCCACGCGAAGUUUAUGAAGCUAUCAGAAAAAGACAACUGCAGCACCAAUUUCAGCUACAGUUAUUACCAUUAAAAGAAGCUUGGAAAUAUGCUGAAGAAAAGGGAUUUACAAGAAAAAGUGCACUUCAGAAACUUGCCCAUGAGGAUAUACCCAUGCCCUCAACUUUUGCGGAUAGAAACUGUUUUAGUUUAGGAGCACAUAAUCCCAUACCUGGAUUAGACGUCGAAUGGAUUACUCUAAAAAUUACGGAGUAUGAGGAUGCGGGUCAUUUUUGGGCUAAUAAUUUGGAAAGUGAACCUUAUCUUACCGCAAUAGAAGAAAUACUAAACAAGGCUAUUCUUCACUCCGUUGUUUCUAGAGGUCAAACCGUAGAAGUAGGAUCAACCUACGCAGCUCGAUUCGUCGAGGAUAAUAUGUUUUAUAGGUGCAAAGUUUUUUCAGUUUCGCCCACAUAUGCUGAGGUACGUUUUAUUGACUAUGGAAACAUGCAACGGGUACCUAUAAAAGAGAUUUAUCUUUUACCAAAUAGACCAGAAUGUUCGUUUGAGCCCCUUGCAAUUGAGUGUGCUUUACAUGGAAUUAAACCUUCAAGAAAAGCUAAUAUAAGAGGAAUAUGGUCAGAAGCAACCACCAACUUCGUGAAGAAACACACUUUUAAUAUCUUAUUGUAUGGCAGGGUACAUUCUGUUGUGGAUAAGGUAGUAUAUCUAGAGGUCUACAAACGUGAUCCACAUAUGAAUAACUCUAAAUCGCUAAACUUGGUUAUGCUUGAAGACGGAUGGGCUGAACCCGCAAUAGAAAGUUAUCACUCAAGGGAUGACUCCAAUAAUCGACAAAAAGUAUACGCAUCUGACAAUCCAAGGGCAGAAGCUGUAAGGUUGAGUUUUGAUAAAGUCCAAAGUUAUGACGAUUUUGAUGCGCCACAGAUGUCUACAAGAGGGAAAACUAUAUAUUUGAAAGGCCCCCACAGCCCAUUAGAAAUGAAAGUUUACAGUUGUCUCGAAAGUUCAAAUAAUAAAACUAUUGAUGUUGAAGGGUCUUCAAUUAAUACUGUAUUGUUAGAUACUGCACCUCAGGAUCCACACACCAGGUUACUGGUCGCGGCUUACGUAUCGCAAUCGGCUAACAGUGAUCAUUUGAAAUUGCGACAGACUACUCUAAUGCCAAAUAUACCAGGACUACCUAUGUUGUUGACACUUCUGUUUUGUCCCAAAAUGAGCCCCAAAGUAACUGAUGAUGGCACAAAAGUCGCAUCUAUUCUCUGUGGUCUCGGCUAUGAUCCAAUCACGCUAAAAUCAUAUUAUCCAUCACAUGAUUUUAUUUUAACCCUUGACACAGAAUUGACGGAGGACGAAGUAAACAGAGUAAAUUGCGUACGCUUCGCAAUGAACCAAGGAUUGAAAGUAAUGGCUGAGGUUGCAUUUGAACACGCUAACCCGCGAGACAUGCUUCUGAAACAAAAAGAGUUAAAGAACAGUCUUAUGGAGUUACUGCAUGCUGACCGCAGAUCCGUUGAAAGAUCAAGUGUGCCGUAUGCCAAUGUAUGGCACAAAAAUAAUUUUGAAUCAACGAUUUUAACAUCCGGGAUGGAUGAAAAUCAAAUAUGGCCACUACUAGAUUUUGUAAAAUUAUGUAAUCGAGAAGGAUAUCAUCCCGAAGUAUCUAAAAACUUAAACGAUUUAGAUCUCAUGGCGAGAAAGAUGCUUCCUGCUGCCCCCAUUCAAUGUUAUCUGUGUCGGGUAGAAUUACUUUUUGUGCAUGAUGUACGUUUCCACCUUAUUUCCAAAGAUCAUAAAGAAAGAGUGGCAGCAUAUAAUCCCCAAUAUACAAUUAAGCAGUAUUGAUUAGCAUGAUGAUUUUUGCUGUUGCUGUUGGAUAUUUUCUGGAUAUUGUAGAAUUACAUUAUAGAUUUUACAAUGUUUAACAUAAAGAAGAUGAAUCUGAAGAUACUAACGAAUUAUAUCCAGAAAUUUAAUCUGAUGAAUGUGUUACUUAUUUUGAUAUAUUUUCAGUUGUGAUAAGCAUUAGUUUUUAAGUGUUUAGUUCACAAAGUUUGUAUUUCCAUUGUAUUUUAGUUACACUUGUUUUGCUUUUAGGUUAUUAAGUCUAAGUUUUGUUUCUUUGAAGUUACUCUUCAAAUAUAUUUUGUUACUUCUUAUUAAUAAAUAUUUGAAUUUGAUUAGUAAAUAUGAAAUAA